GUGCAUUUUUGUUUUAUUUUUAGCUGGUACGCCCCAGAAAAAAAAAGACGCACUUAACCCGCCAAAAAACACGCCCAUCAAGGCCUCCACCGGGAACGCGAAUACCAAUUCUACUCUUGGUUUAUCGGCAACGCAUAUUUCAAAUGCGCACAAGGAGGAGGCCAAGCGUGGCUUUAGGGACCAUGUUUUCGGCCCUUUUGCCAAAGUGCUUGGUUUGGCGGUGCCGCAGUCUAAAAGGCACCAGGAGGAGGCAGAAAAUGUUGCUGGCAUUGUCUGCAAAGUAAUGGACAUAUUUGCAAAUAUGCCUAACACACCCGAUGAUGCAAGACAGCUGAAACAGCUUCUGCAUCCAUUGCUUAUGCAAGACAAUGGCUUGGAGCAGCAUACUUCUCUUGAAAGCCCUGACGACUUCAUGUCCCUCUUGUCCAAGCUGCGCGAGCACAGCAUGGCAUAUUCAGACUGGACAAGCAAGGUCAGCCCGUUUACAAGCAAGGUGCAGGGCAAUGAGAGGUCAAUGUAUCCAUGCAUCACCGCCCUCCUUUGCUUUAUUGCACGUGCCAUCCAGUGGCUGGAUCAGCACAAAACGCCGAGUGGAAACCAGUCACUGCUUCGUCGGCUAGUUCUGCCCUCAUGUACAGCCGACACUGUGUUGGAGGAUGCACAGGAUGCAGAGCGCAUUGACAUUGGUGUCGAGCUCAAGCCUCGAGAUGCUCCUGUUUGCGACACAGUCUUCAAGUGGAAGAAUGUUGCAAAGCUUACUCGCGCAUCUGCAGGAAAGGUGUG